CAUCGCUCCCCUCUCUCUCUCUCUGUCAUUAAUGCUUGUCCACUUUACAUACAAACAUACACCCACACCAGUUGAACCCUAGGAUCGAUUCGCCAGUUGAAAGAGUAACAAGGAGGAAGAUGGGAGGGGGAUCCGGCCAUGGCAUCACGUACAAGGGCGUGACCUUGCAUCAGCCCAAGCGCUGGCACACAAUCACUGGCAAGGGCCUCUGCGCGGUCAUGUGGUUUUGGGUUCUCUACCGAGCGAAGCAGGAUGGUCCUGUGGUGUUGGGCUGGAGGCAUCCAUGGGAGGGUCAUGAUGAUCACCAUUAGAAGUAUGGCGGACACUAAAAUGGAGCACAGAGGUAACUCUAGCUGUCUCAGAUGGCUGACCAUUUGGAUUUGUUGUCUUUUUAUUUAUGUCCAAUAAAAUACCAAUUGUGAAGAUAUCCUGAAGUAUCAUAAUCUCUUGGAAGAUAGAUACUAUGAACUCGUUUGAUUCUGAAAUGGCUGUCUUGAUAUCUUUACCCUUUCGACCUUGUGUUUCUUUGUUGUUGGUUUAUGGAACAUUACAUUUAGUUUCA